UUUCUCUUUGUUGUGGCAGAGUGCAACUGGUGUUAAUUGGCUUCAGUUAUUUUAAUACAAUAUAUUUUUAUAAUUAUUUUUUGAUAUACUCAUUUUUAAUUACUUAGUAUUACAAAAAUGAUUAAGAACGCAGUUUCCCUUGUAACCGGUGGUGCUUCUGGUUUAGGUCGCGCUACAGCUGAGCGAUUGGCACGUCAAGGUGCACGAGUGGUACUCGCUGAUUUGGGUUCUUCCAAGGGUAAUGAUGUGGCUAAGGAACUUGGUGAUAAUGUUGUAUUUGUGCCAGUUGAUGUAACAUCCGAAAAAGAUGUUAGUGAAGCACUUAAAACGGCAAAAGAUAAAUUCGGUCGUCUGGAUUUGGCAGUGAACUGCGCUGGCACAGCUGUUGCUGUUAAAACUUAUAAUUUUAAUAGAAAUACAGCACAUAAAUUAGAAGAUUUUGCACGUGUUAUAACGGUUAAUACUGUGGGUACAUUUAAUGUGAUACGUUUAUCUGCGGGUCUUAUGGGUGCCAAUGAACCGAACAAAGAUGGUCAACGUGGCGUUAUUGUUAAUACAGCUUCUGUUGCUGCUUAUGAUGGUCAAAUCGGUCAAGCAGCUUACUCUGCAUCUAAAGCAGCUGUAGUCGGUAUGACUUUGCCAAUUGCACGCGAUCUUAGCACGCAGGGCAUACGCAUAUGCACCAUUGCUCCUGGUUUAUUCGACACACCAAUGUUACAGGCGUUGCCUGACAAAGUACGUGGCUUUUUAGCAAAAUCUAUACCAUUCCCACAACGAUUGGGUGAUCCAUCUGAAUAUGCUCAUCUUGUGCAAGCUAUCUAUGAAAAUCCUUUAAUGAAUGGAGAAACCAUUCGUCUUGAUGGCGCACUUCGCAUGAUGCCUUAAAUGUUUACAUAAUUUUUUUUUAAGUUUUCUAAUAUAAUAUUUUGAAAUCAUGUGAAACAUUGCAUUUAGUAAUUUCAUUGUUAAAAGCAGAAUUUAAAGCUGAGAUGGAAUUGCAAUUUCAUUAAAAUAUUUUUAAUAAAUUGUCUUGUCAAUUUAA